ACUUCAUCCCUCCUUUCGGGACUUCUUUGAAAUUAUUAUAGAGACAUGGCUCCUAGCAUAUGGGCUUUGUCUCACUGACCGCCCAACAAUUUCGAGAUUACAACUGUUAUUCCUCCUCGUUCUCCUAUACUAUACUAUACUAUAUUGGUGCAGGAAGUAGGAAGAGUUUGGUUCAGAAAGCAGGGAAGUUAUUUAUGACUAUGCAAAGUGUGUUUUCCAAGGAGCAUGAAGGGAUUGCUCAAAAUCCCAUGGUGCCAUGGUGGAGUGUGGCUCAACCAACUGCUUAUGAUGAGACUUUGGGGCAGUUGAAGGAUGCAUCUGGGAACCAUAAGCAAAGUGAAGGUGAAGGAGCUUUGGAAUUGGAGCAAUCACUGUCAAAGGGGAUCCCACCUCAAUUCACUGUUUUUUCUGGAAAUGUGACAAAAUUUCCCCAAGUUGAGGCUACAAUCUCUGUCCAGCCAACUAGUACUGAAUAUCGAGGUUCCUUUGAGCUUGGAUUCGGUCAAUCAGUGGUUUAUGCCAAGAAUCCCUACAGUGAGCAGUGCUAUGGAGUUUAUUCAGCUUAUGGACCUCAAGUUGCAGGGCGCAUCAUGCUGCCGCUGAAUUUGAGCUCUGAUGAAGGCCCAAUAUUUGUGAAUGCGAAGCAGUACCAUGGGAUAAUGAGGCGCAGGAAAUGCCGAGCUAAGGCGGAAAUGGAGAACAAAGUGAAACCCCGUAAGCAGCCAUACUUGCACCUGUCGCGCCAUCUCCACGCAACGCGGCGCCCCAGGGGUUGUGGUGGGCGCUUUCUGAACACCAAAGAUGUGAAGGGCGCAACUGGGAGCAAGCGCAAACGUUCAGAGGUCGGCAGCAUGUUUGACAGGGAAGAUCCCGAGGAUCAUCAUCGCCCUCAUCCAAUCAACGCCCAUCUCCACUCAUCUCUUCGGGCUUCGCCAGAUAUGAUGAUGAACACCGGUCAUGAUUUUCUCAUGGCUGGUAAGUGGAUGGCUGCAGCUGCAGAUAGCUGCUGCAACCUCAAAGUCUGACAGCUUAGGCUGAAAGAUGGGGUUAGUGAAAGACACUAACCCUUUUGUCAUUGCAACCAAACCCAGAAUCUCCGAUUUGAUCAUAUCAUUUGGUUGCAAUUGACAGGCAACUCAUUCUUGGCUAUCAUAUAGGCAGUUCAUCCUUGGCUUAGGUGCAUUUAGGCUGCCUCAAAUGGAAAUGGUUUGGGGCACUUUGGCCUAAAUGCAUUUUGUUUACAUACCAUACAUGACCCAUAUGUGCAAUAAUAGAUCAUGAAGAUCUGUAGGUUGAAUUCAGUAUUGCAGACAUAGACUGUUGUGUUUAUUAUACAUGUACAAUGUAUUGUGUAAUCUGGUUUGGUGAGUGUAAUAUACUUGUGUGGAAAGUAUGUUGCA